AACUGCUGCUCCUUCAAGCUUCCAACCAAAGCAGUGAAUUGUCUUUUGGACUGGUUGCCACCUCCUCCUCCUUUCCUCUGCCCUUUGCUUUACAACCACCUACCCCUCUCUUUCUCUCUCUCUUUCCGUGUAUGCGUUCUUGUGUUUGUGCUUCCCACUGUUUCUCUCUCUAGGGUUUUCUGGAGAUGGGAACCAGGCAGAGACAGUUGAAGGCCAUGCUUCGCAAGAACUGGCUCCUCAAAACUCGUCACCCUUUCGCUACCCUUGCCGAGAUAUUGCUUCCUACAGUUGUGAUGUUGUUGUUAAUAGCUAUACGGACGCGAGUUGAUACACAAAUUCACCCAGCACGGCCGUAUAUACAGAAAGAAAUGUUUGUGGAAGUGGGCAAAGGUAUGUCCCCAAGUUUCCAACAAAUUUUAGAAUUGUUGCUGGCAAAAGGAGAGUAUUUGGCCUUUGCACCAGAUACAGAAGAAACAGAGACAAUGAUUAACUUAAUGUCAAUGAAGUUUCCCUUGUUGAAGCAAGUCACUAAAGUUUACAAAGAUGAGCUAGACCUGGAAACCUAUGUGCGCUCAAAUCUCUAUGCUACCUUCAAUCAAGUCAAGAAUUGUUCAAAUCCGAAGAUCAAAGGUGCAGUAGUGUUUCAUGAUCAAGGUCCUUUACUAUUUGAUUACAGCAUACGUCUCAACCACACUUGGGCUUUCUCGGGAUUCCCUGAUGUAAACACCAUAAUGGACACAAAUGGUCCUUAUCUCAAUGACUUGGCACUGGGUGUUAGUACUGUACCAACAAUGCAGUAUAGCUUCAGUGGAUUUUUGACACUCCAACAAGUAAUGGAUGCAUUCAUAAUAUUUGCUGCUCAGCAAACUGAAACUAACUCCUCUCAAAAUAUAGAACUUACAUCAGGACAAUCCUCUGGCACAGCCUCCUCUCUCAUGUUUCCGUUGAUGCAAUUUAGCCCUUCAAAGAUACGAAUAGCUCCCUUUCCAACUCGCGAAUAUACCGCUGAUGAGUUCCAGUCCAUCAUUAAGAAUGUCAUGGGCGUAUUGUAUCUUUUGGGAUUUCUCUACCCAACCUCUCGCCUGAUCAGCUGUUAUGUGUUCGAGAAGGAACAGAAAAUAAAAGAAGGUCUUCACAUGAUGGGCUUAAAAGAUGGGAUUUACCAUCUUUCUUGGUUUAUUGCAUCUGCUUUACAGUUUGCAAUUUCAUCUGGGAUCAUUACAGCCUGCACCAUGAACACCCUUUUCAAGUAUAGCGAUAAAUCAGUGGUGUUUGUGUACUUCUUUUCAUUUGGACUUAGUGCGAUCAUGCUGUCAUUUUUGAUAUCUACAUUCUUCACACGAGCCAAAACAGCUGUUGCAGUUGGGACUCUAUCUUUUCUAGGUGCCUAUUUCCCUUAUUACACUGUCAACGACCAGGCUGUCCCUAUUACUUUAAAGGUCCUUGCUUCUUUGCUUUCUCCUACGGCCUUUGCUCUAGGGUCGAUUAACUUCGCUGACUAUGAGCGUGCGCAUGUUGGACUUCGUUGGAGCAACAUAUGGCGGGCAUCAUCUGGAGUGAAUUUUUUGGUCUGUCUCCUGAUGAUGUUGCUUGACACGCUGCUGUACUGUGUGAUUGGUCUUUACCUGGAUAAGGUCCUUCCCCGAGAGAAUGGUGUGCGUUAUCCAUGGAACUUCAUAUUCCAAAGAUGCUUCUGGAAAAAGAAAAGUAUCAUUGAACAUCACACUUCCAGUUUAAAUGUUACAAUUAAAGACAACAUUUCCAAGAAAAAGGUAGGUUUUUCUAGGAAGGAUGCUCUUGAACCUUCUGUGGAAGCAAUAAGCUUGGACAUGAGGCAACAAGAGCUUGAUGGCAGAUGCAUCCAAAUUAGGAACCUGCAUAAGGUGUAUGCUACAAAGAAGGGGAAUUGUUGUGCUGUUAACUCAUUGAAGUUGACCUUGUACGAAAAUCAAAUUCUUGCUCUUCUAGGGCACAAUGGAGCUGGUAAAAGCACAACGAUUUCGAUGCUUGUUGGCCUUCUCCCCCGUUCAGGGGAUGCUACGGUUUUUGGGAAGAAUAUCAUAACAGACAUGGAUGAGAUACGGAAGGGACUGGGUGUUUGCCCCCAAAUUGAUAUUCUUUUCCCAGAAUUGACCGUGAGAGAGCAUUUGGAAAUUUUUGCCAUAUUGAAGGGUGUGAAGGAAGAAUUUUUGGAGAGAGUUGUUUCGGAUAUGAUUGAUGAAGUGGGUUUGGCUGAUAAAACCAACACUGCUGUUAAGGCUCUUUCUGGUGGCAUGAAGAGGAAAUUGUCUCUUGGAAUCGCACUGAUUGGAGAUAGCAAGGUCAUUAUUCUUGAUGAACCUACCAGUGGAAUGGAUCCAUACUCAAUGCGCUUGACAUGGCAGUUGAUAAAAAAAAUAAAGAAGGGCAGGAUAAUAUUACUGACAACACACUCGAUGGACGAAGCUGAUGAACUAGGAGAUCGGAUAGCUAUCAUGGCUAAUGGUUCUUUGAGAUGCUGUGGAAGCUCCCUUUUCUUGAAGCACCAGUAUGGGGUUGGUUAUACUCUAACACUAGCAAAGUCCGCACCUACUGCCUCUGUAGCCUCUGAUAUUGUGUACCGUCAUGUUCCAUCAGCAACCUGUGUGAGUGAGGUUGGAACUGAGAUUUCCUUCAAGCUUCCUUUGGCAUCUUCCUCUUCCUUUGAAAAUAUGUUUAGGGAAAUUGAGAGUUGCACGAGAAGAUCAUUUUCUAACUCUGAAACAAGUGGGUGUGAGGGCAAAGACUAUCUCGGCAUCGAAAGUUAUGGUAUUUCUGUAACAACUUUGGAGGAGGUAUUCCUGAGAGUUGCUGGAGGUGAUUGUGAAGAAGCCGAAUGCAUUGAGCGCAAUGAGGACUUUCCUUUACCUGAUGCUGUGGUUUCUCAAGCUUUGCAUGAUCGUGUUCCCAAAAAAAUUUUGGACUCCAAACUUCUUGGAAAUUACAAAUAUAUUCUUGGGGUCAUAUCAACCAUAGUGGGGAGAGCUUGUGGCUUAAUAUUUGCUACCGUUUUGAGUUUCAUAAACUUUUUAAGUAUGCAGUGCUGUAGCUGUUGCUUCAUUUCAAGGUCAACAUUUUGGCAACAUUCCAGAGCAUUAUUCAUAAAAAGGAUGAUAUCUGCUCGGAGAGACCACAAAACAAUUGUUUUCCAACUUGUAAUUCCUGUGGUCUUUUUGUUUUUUGGACUUCUUUUUCUCAAGCUCAAGCCACAUCCUGAUCAGCUGUCUCUGACUUUUACAACUUCACAAUUCAAUCCUCUCUUACGUGGUGGUGGUGGUGGUGGUCCAAUUCCCUUUGAUCUAUCCCGGCCUAUUGCAAAGGAGAUUGCUGGGUAUAUUGGGGGGUGGAUUCAAAGCUUCAAACCGAGUGCAUAUAAAUUCCCGGAUUCAGAAAAAGCAUUAGCCGAUGCAAUUGAGGCUGCAGGGCCUACUCUGGGUCCAGUUCUACUUUCAAUGAGUGAAUUUUUGAUGUCUAGCUUUAAUGAAUCCUACCAGUCAAGGUAUGGGGCAAUUGUGAUGGAUGAUCAGAAUGAGGAUGGAAGUCUAGGAUACUCUGUACUACACAACAGUUCUUGUCAGCAUGCUGCUCCAACCUUUAUCAAUCUGAUGAAUGCUGCGAUCCUUAGGCUUGCUACUCAUAAAAAUAAUAUGACUAUUCAAACGCGGAACCAUCCUCUGCCAAUGACAGAAAGCCAGCGCCUGCAACGUCAUGAUCUUGAUGCGUUUUCUGCUGCAGUUAUUGUUAACAUUGCCUUCUCUUUCAUUCCUGCCUCAUUUGCUGUUGCUGUUGUCAAGGAGCGUGAAGUAAAAGCCAAACACCAACAACUAAUUAGUGGUGUUUCCGUACUUUCGUAUUGGGCUUCUACAUUUAUAUGGGACUUUGUCAGCUUCUUAUUUCCUUCAUCUUUUGCAAUAAUUCUUUUUUACAUCUUUGGGUUGGAUCAAUUUAUUGGAAGGGGCUGUGUCUUGUCAACAGUCAUCAUGUUUUUGGAGUAUGGAUUAUCAAUUGCAUCACUGACGUAUUGCCUUACGUUUUUCUUUUCUGACCAUACCGUGGCACAGAAUGUGGUUCUCUUGGUCCACUUUUUCAUGGGCCUCAUCCUUAUGGUUAUCUCGUUCAUUAUGGGGCUUAUACAGACAACAGCAAGCGCCAAUUCUUUUCUUAAGAAUUUCUUCAGAUUAUCUCCAGGGUUUUGCUUUGCUGACGGGCUUGCUUCAUUGGCUCUUCUACGGCAAGGGAUGAAAGAUAAAUCAAGUGAUGGGGUUUUUGAUUGGAAUGUUACUGGCGCUUCCAUUUGUUAUCUUGGUCUUGAGAGCAUUAGUUUCUUCCUCUUAACACUUGGGCUUGAACUCUUGCCUUCCCACAAAUUGGCUCCUUUCACAAUCAAGGAAUGGUGGAGCCGUAUUAAAAGUUUCAAUCGUGGCACUUCUUCUAGCUAUUUGGAGCCUCUUCUGAAACCUUCCACAGAAGCUGUUGCUCUUGAUCUUGAUGAAGACAUUGAUGUGAAAUCAGAAAGAAAUAGGGUGCUUUCGGGGUCAAUUGAUAAUGCCAUCAUUUACUUGCAUAAUCUUCGGAAGGUGUAUCCCGGAGGAAUGCAUCGCAACGCAAAAGUUGCAGUUCAGUCAUUGACUUUCUCAGUUCAAGCUGGAGAAUGUUUUGGAUUUUUAGGAACAAAUGGAGCUGGGAAAACCACAACUCUUUCGAUGCUCUGUGGAGAAGAAUCCCCGACUGAUGGAACUGCUUAUAUUUUUGGCAGAGAUAUAUGUUCCAAUCCCAAGGCUGCUCGUCGACAUAUUGGGUAUUGCCCACAAUUUGAUGCUCUAUUGGAAUUUUUAACUGCCCGAGAGCAUCUUGAGCUUUAUGCAAGAAUAAAGGGAGUUCCAGAAUACAGGAUAGAUGAUGUUGUAAUGGAAAAGUUAGAGGAGUUUGAUUUGUUGAAGCAUGCCGAAAAACCAUCAUUCUCCCUUAGUGGUGGAAACAAGCGCAAAUUAUCUGUUGCAAUUGCAAUGAUCGGUGAUCCUCCUAUAGUCAUUCUAGAUGAGCCAUCCACAGGCAUGGAUCCUCUUGCCAAACGGUUUAUGUGGGAAGUGAUAUCACAUUUAUCUACCAGACAAGGAAAGACAGCAGUAAUUCUCACAACACACAGCAUGAAUGAAGCUCAAGCUCUGUGCACCAGGAUUGGAAUAAUGGUUGGAGGCCGACUAAGAUGCAUUGGGAGUCCUCAGCAUCUGAAAACACGAUUUGGAAAUCACCUUGAGCUAGAGGUUAAACCUACAGAGGUCAGUUCUGUGGACUUGGAAAGCCUUUGCCGAAUUAUUCAAGAAAGGCUUUUUGACAUUCCUUCUCACCCAAGAAGUUUACUUGAUGACCUUGAAGUUUGCAUUGGGGGCAUUGACUCCAUUGCAUCAGAAAAAACAUCAGCUGCGGAGAUAAGCUUGUCGAAGGAAAUGAUUAUCACAAUUGGACGUUGUCUUGGUAAUGAAGAAAGAACAAAUGCACUUGUAUCUUCAACACUUGUUUCUGAUGGGAUUUUUAGUGAACAGUUAUCUGAGCAGUUGGUUCGACAUGGUGGCAUACCUUUGCCAAUAUUUUCUGAGUGGUGGUUAGCCAAAGAAAAGUUCUCUAUGAUUGAUUCAUUUGUCCUCGCUUCGUUUCCCGAUGCAACGUUCCAAGGAUGCAAUGGAUUGAGUGUUAAAUAUCAGUUGCCAUAUGGUGAAGGCGGCCUCUCACUUGCGGACGUUUUUGGACACCUGGAACGAAACAGAAAUCGCCUGGGUAUCGCUGAAUACAGUAUUAGCCAGUCUACUCUCGAGACCAUAUUUAAUCAUUUUGCUGCAAACUCAUAAGGUUGAGGCUGUGACAAGCAAAGGCCCCUUGUAAAUAUCAGAAAGUGGCACGUCCUGCCCUAGUCUAACCUAUUUCAUGUGGAAAUUAAGCUGUUGCCUGGUGUCAAAACAUCGCGUUCCAACAAUCACGCGAGUGACUUUGGCACUGAUUAUAACAGCCACCAUCUUGUCUUGGAUCUCAGAAUCCCAUGCUCAACGUUUUGCCAGUGGAGGUCUCUCCCCACUUUCCUCUUCUGCAUGCAGGUUGUCUUCCACCUUACCGCGGGAGUUCAGAGAUCACUUAUGAUGGACAGCCCUCAACUAUCUCUUGAGUUUGGUAAAACAUGACCAUUUCAGUCCAUCCUAUACUUGCCUUCGCGUCUUUAGUACAGCGGUGACCGCAUCUAACAGAAAUAAAUAAUCAAUGUUGUUGACGAUGUGAACAACAUGAUUGUUGAAAGGAACAUGCAUAUCAAUGUACAUGGAACAUACAUUCUGUUGUUAAUUCUCAUGUAUACUGAAUGAUCAUAGUUCAUUUUGGGUUCUCCUA